CUCUGUGGAGGCACCAUUCCCGGGCAACCCCAGCUAACAACCCCACUACAUAUGAUUCCGACCACUGAUGACCGAUCAAGCAGGGGUCAUGAGCUUCAACCUUCAGGGGUACACAUCCCAUCCCGACAACCACAACAUCGUCAGACGGCCAAUGAUGAUGGUCAGCGGCAGUCUUUCUCCCCUGCAGUGAUCGGCCCUUGACCGUUCUGUGACACUAGGCGGACGCUUGACCAAAUAGACCCUCGUUAAGAAUAGAUCCCAGUCGCGCGGCAGCAAAAUGGCCAACCGCCCUAUUUUCAGCACCCUUCUGUGAGCUGUUGGGGGUGUGGAGCGUCGUCGAAGAGGCGCCACGCGAUAUUCACGAUCUCCGAGGACACCAUGCCAGUCAUUGCGUAUAAGACAGAGCUGGUAUCCGGCCCAAAGUAGGUCUGUCUACGAUCAUCAGCCUCUGAACUACCAUCCUCCUCUAUUUUCAGUUUCUUUCCUCUGUUGGGUCUUUUCCUUGAGUGUCUCUUACGUUUAUAUCUAUUUUAUCUACUUGGGCUAUCUCAUUGAAAGUUGAAACUGUACCUACGCCGUGUUUAUAUCUACCUCAACAAUCAACAACAUCUCGCACAUAUCAACCAUGCGUUACUCGCUAUGGAUCGCAGCUGCGCUGGCGCCGUUUGCACUUGCCGCUCCAAAAUACGACGGUUGGCUCCCCGCCCAACCAUCGGACUCCAAGUUCAUCUCCACAUACUUCAACCAGCUCGCCCAGAAGGUCGGAGAGGGGAGGAAGUGGGCCUCCGCACCAGUCUGUGAUCUAAGCAAGGCCGUGAUGCCAGCUUCAACAGAACCCCUACCCGCACCCGAUGCCGGCACAACCCUCAAGCACGUCGCCAUCGGCCGCGGCAUCCAGAACUACACCUGCGACACCACCAACGCCACCGCAAUCCCCAAGGCCAUCGGCGCCGUAGCAACCCUCUACAACGCCUCGUGCGUCGCCGCCACCUCGCCCCUGGUCCUCAACACCCUCCCCGGCUUCGCCCUGCAAUUCAACCUGGGCCCCAACCCCGCCGCCCCGAACCCCGCCAACCUCGAGGUCUCGGGCCUGCACUUCUUCACCGAUGCCGGUGUCCCCUUUUUCAACUUGGAUACUGCGAAGCAGCAGAUCGGAACGCUGCCAUGUAGCAAGGCUGGUAGUGCGCCUGCCCCAGCAAGCGCGAUCAAGGGACAAGGCAAUAAGGGAGAUGGUGCUGUUGCAUGGCUCAAGCUUACUGCUGUGGAUGGCGCAACUGGCAACCUCGAGAGCGUCUACCGCCUCAACACUGCUGGUGGUAAUCCGCCAAAGACAUGCGAGGGAAUGCCUGCCACAUUCGAAGUUCAAUAUGCCGCCGAGUACUGGUUUUUCCGCAACUAAAAAGUGUCAACGAGGCAGUGGCCAGUGUGAAUAGGCGAGGCGAGCGUAGAUAUAAUUCCUUCAAUUCGGUAGCCGUCAGUGACGCGCUCUUCUCUCGUGCCGCAAGGUCAUGAUUGGGGGCAUUUUGGGUAAUGGAGUAAUGGAGUUGUCAUGUUUUUUACACUGGCGGAGUUUGUAUUGUACAUUUAGCUACUGAGCUAUGACUCGA